AUGCGUGGCAUCACCUCCAUCUCGUUCCUCCUUCUUGCAGCACCCCUCGGUGCCCUCGCCGCCCCAACGCCUUUCGAGGAUGUAAUCCCAAGCAGAGUCCUCGAAGCAAGAGCAGUCGUAACCCCAGCGCCAUGCCAACCUCAACUCAACCCUCCUCCCACCGAGCAGGAAUCAGCCGCCCGCUUCGAGAACGCCAACGGCCCUAAUGCUGCUCUCGAUGCUCUUGGUCCCUACUGGGGCUCGGUGCAGAUUACCCCGUUGAGAAGGACGUUUAAGGGCGAGUUUGGGUGGUUGAACUAUCGGACCAAUUACUUUGGCGAGAUUGUUGAUCGGUAUCGCAUGGAGGGUGGGUGUAUUGUUGAGCAUUGGGACCAGGGCGAGAAGUAUCCCACUUUUUGA